CUUAGCAUGGUCGUUUUCGCUGAUCCCAGACCGAGAUCGGUCGCCUGGGAAUGGGGGCUCACUCAGACUGGAAGCCGGCAAUGAGAUGGAGCCACUACAAAUAAGCACGUUGGCGAGCGUGACCGGUGCACUUUUAGCUGGAUUUUUCGUGUUCCUAUGCAUCUGUAUAUACGCGAUCAAAGCGGAAAAAUGUUGCUUUUCAAGUGAGUGUUUGUUACUUGUUACUUUAAAAGAGUCUCUGAAAAUCCAUAGCAAGAAUAUGUACUUAAGUUUGAGGCCUAGUAGUAAGAGUUUUGAGGCAAAUCAUACUAAGAAUUCACAAACAUAAUGCUAUACAUUUAUUAAUAGACCUGGAAAGUUUGAGCAAUAAUUUGGCUCUCGUACAGCCAUUCUCAA